AAACUAAUGCAUUUCGAAAUUAUCUGAGGCGGGAAAAACAACAUGGAAAGAAGCACCGGCACAGCAGAAACAGCUCCCAGCUCCCUCGCCACCGUCCAAGAAAUCGAAAGACGCCUCCGGCGACCUUCUUCUCUUCCCUCUCCUUCUCCCCCUUCCCGCUGCUAUUCUUCGCGAUUCGAGGUGAAUCUGAAGGAAGAAGCGAGACAGAGAGAACCCAAGACGAAGACGAGGAGGCUAGAAGAUUACUUGGAUCCGUCUCUGCUCUGCACAAUUUCUUCAAAAGUAGCUCGAGCGAAGAAGGACGGAGAGAUGAAACCAAAGAAGAAAGAACUUUGCGAUUUCGAGUGGCCUGCAGAUGAAUUAAAGGCUUUCGUGGAGGAUUCGAGGCCUGAAAAGAUCGGAGGUGAUCAUCGGAAAGACGACGACGAAGCCGUUAAUCUCAACGACGACCUGGAUCCGCCAAACGACGGCACUGGAUAUGAAGAUCAGUCUUGCACUCCGUUUGGGCGAUUGGAGCGGAUGGCGUUGAAGAGUUUCGGUUGGUGAAGCAUAAAAGCAUGCGCUGUGCGCUCCUGUUUGCGGAGCAGCGAUGUGACUAUAGAAUCGUAAGUGAUACGAAUCAUGGAAUUCAUUAAGCCUCCACGCAUAAGCCCACAAGACUCACUUGCAUAUUUGACGAGCAACGUAUCAUGUUGUGAAGGACAAAUGACGUAUUAUUACGGUUCAUUUGACAUCAAUCACAAAAAUAAAUAAAUAAAUAAAUGCUUGGAGUUA